CUGUGAUGUCUGUGCUCCUGGUCCGUCGUGGUCCGAAAGCGUCCGAGGGGGAGCACGUUGUUUUCACAGACACGUGGGCGACGCUUCCGCUAUCCGAGCGCACGGUGUUUCAGCAUGCAUUGUUUAAUAUUGUGUAUACAUUACAAAAAUAUUUUCUAAGAAACUUAUUGUUUACUACGCGUGGAUAUAAGUGCAAAUGAGAAGUACUAAACUCGCGUAAACGGGGCGUUACAUACUGUCAGUUACUUAUUUAACCUGUGGAUUUCUCCAACGGUGUUGCUAUGGAAUCUGUACAGGGAGUCAAGAGGCCACAUCCACAAAACGAAGAUGCACAGAGUGAUAGUGCGAAGAGAAGUUUUCUGAGUUUGAACAGCAGUGGAGUGUCUGACAAUAGUGGGACUGCAGAAUUUGGGGAAGAAUUUUUGGAAAAAAGAGUUGGAAGAGGGGAGUUUGUGAGAAGAGGAGGGAGGGAAUUUGGAGAAAGCGGGAGUAGAGGAAGAGGAGUAUUUCAGGACAAGGGCAGAGUAUCUGGAGACAAAGAGAGUUUUGGCAGGGGCAGAGGUUUCAGAGACGAAGGUGGUUUUAGCAGGGGCAGAGAAUUUGAUGAAAAAGGGAGUUUUGUCAGAGGCAGAGGAAUCGAAGGGGAAGGAGGAUUUGACAGGGACAGAGAAUCUGGAGACAAAGAAAGUUUUGUCAGGGGCAGAGAAUUUGAUGAAAAGGGGAGUUUUGUCAGAGGACUCAGGGGCGAAGGAGGUUUGUACAGGGACAGAGAAUCUGGAGACGAAGGGAGUUUUGGCAGAGGCAUAGGAUUUAGGGGCGAAGCAGGUUUUGGCAGGGGCAGAGAAUUUGGAGACAAAGGGAGUUUUGGUAUGGGCAGAGGAUUAGGAGGCAAAGGGGGUUUUGGCAGGGGCAGAGGAUUCAGAGGGGAGGGUGUUGGCAGGGGCAGAGGAUUAGGAGGCAAAAGUGGUUUUGACAGAGGGAGAGGAAUGAGAGAACAGGGUGGAUUUGGGCAGGGUUUAAUUGGUAACAUGAGACAGGCAGAUGAUUUCUCCACAAAGGAUGGAAAAAUUUGUGUUUCAAAUGGUUCAUCAUCCUCAAAAGUGUACCCUGACUUCCCAGAUUGGAGUGCUGACAAAAUACAUGAUGUAUUAGAGAAGAUCCACAUUGUUCGAAGUCCACAUGCAGAACCAGACAAGACAAUAUGGAACACAUUAGUAAAAGAAGUAAAUCCAACUUUAAGAAGUGUUCUUCAUUAUUGCAAGAAAAUGUUGUACAUUAUUACAAAGAAAGUAGAGGUGGAAGGGCUUCCUCAAGAGCCAGGUUCUUUUGCAGAUACCAUAAAAGAAAAAGCAAAUUUAUGGCAUUAUCAAGAUAAUGAAAUAUAUAGUAUAUUUUGCAAUACUAUGCGCCCUUCCGAAAGGUGUCAGUAUUAUGUUCAUCACUGGGAAAAGAAGAAAGAUAUUGAAUUGAUGUGGUUCAAUUACUACAAGAAGAAACCAGAAGAUUUUCAAGAACUGUGUAAAGUCAGUGCACUUGAUAAAUUUAGAGAUUUUGAAUUAAAUUCUUAGAAAAAUAAUUUAUGUAAUAAAUGUCCAUAUUGUAAAUAAAAAGUCAUAUUUAAUUAUUAUUAUUAUAAUGUUAAUAAGUUCAUGAUAUUGAUCAUAGUUCCUAAUAUCCUCUCUGUAUGAGAGAUUGAAUAUAAAGAUUAUAUGGUGUGUCAAAGCAUAUCUCCCCCUCCAGAUGUUCCAAUGCCGGAAAUCACUUGAGGACCAAACAAACUGGAGAGGAUAUUAAAGUUUUAUGUGGGGUUAUUGAACAUCAGUAAUAAAGUGAGUCAUUUAG